GAGAAUUUCGUUCUCAUCAAAAACACGAGAAGAAAUCUGUCAAAUUCAGUUUUAUCACUCCGUUUGUCUCCUUUGAGGGUAAGUUUCUCUUCUUACGGAAACGAAUUCUGCUUAAACCUCCGAACCCUAGAACUCGCCCUGCGUAUUCUCGUAGUAAAUGGCUAAUUCGUCGAAAAAGAUAGAUCUGGAGGAUUUGAUCUCUUACAGCAACGAUCUUAUUCAGUUUCUCAAAGAUAAAAAGGACUCCAGUAACUUGGCGCAACAGUCUGAACAAUCCAAGUCCCUUUACUCGCAGUGCGACAAUGUUUUCAACGAUGUUCAAAAUCUGGUCCAAGGCUAUCAGAAUAAGAUAAAUGAGUGCAAGAAAAAAGUUGAAGUUGCUAAAUUGGAAGCAGAUUCAGUUGGAGAUUUGGAUUCACUGCAGAAUGAAUUGGAGGAUGAACUACAAAUAGAGAGAUUGCUUAAAGAAGAACUUAGAGAUAUUGAUAACGAUAUCAAUGAUCUGGAGAAUCAAAGAAUUUCCCUUGAAGAACGCAGACAAGUUCUGAAGAAGCUUGAGCAAGAUGAGCAGAGGACUCAGAUGAAACUCUCCAUGUAUGCUUCAGUCACAAAUAUAAUCCCAAACUUGGAUGAUAAUUCAAAAGUUUCUGGUCUUAUCGUACAAAGAGAUAAACAGGUAGUGGAGAAGUUUGAGUUCGACCAUUUGAAGACAACUCCUUUCGAUUCUUGUAAUAGCAUUUGGAAGAUGAUAAAACACCUUGAUUGAAGUAAGAAGUCACGAUGCUGAAAUUGAUUAAAACAACCUUGUUCCAUUUGAUUGUUUUUUGAUUCAUGUUAUGUUGUUUAUCCUCCGAACUUAUGUAUGAAAGCUCUUUAUUUUUCAUUACAU